AUGCCGGACAAGGUGCUCGAUGACAUCUCCCAUCGCCGCUACAACCCUCUGAGGGGGUCGUGGUUGUUGGUGUCUCCUCACAGGACAAAGCGCCCCUGGCAAGGCGCGCAGGAGGGGCCGGGCGUCUGUUACCUGUGCCCGCGGAACUCGAGAGCAGGUGGCGAGGUCAAUCCCGACUACAGCGAGACCUUCGUCUUUGUCAACGACUACAGCGCCGUGAAGGAGGAGCAGGCAGACUACCAAGCAGAAGCUUCAAGCGAUGACCUGGCCUCUCUACUUCUGCGCGCCGAGGGCGUCAAGGGCAAAUGCUACGUCCUCACCUUCUCGCCGAAGCACCACCUGACCCUCGCCGACAUGUCCGCCGCUGAAACGGUUCCCAUCAUCGAAACCUGGACCCGAAUAUACGCCGCGCACCUGUCUCCCAACAACCCACUAUCUGCUGUGGCGGCUAAGCUCGACCUCAUGUCCCGCGAGGCCAAGCCCGAGAGCGUGGCACCCUUGCCCAAGGAGCAAUUGCGGUACAUGCAGAUCUUCGAGAACAAGGGCGCCGCCAUGGGCUGCUCGAACCCGCACCCGCACUGCCAGGUCUGGACGACCAGCACGCUCCCCGAGGAGCCGGCUGCCGAGACCGUGCAGAUGGGCAAGUACCGAGCCGAGCACGGCGGGCGCCAUCUGCUCGCCGACUACGUCAAGCUGGAGAUGGAGAAGAAGGAGCGCAUCGUCUGGCAGAACGACGGCUUCCUGGUGGUCUGCCCCUGGUGGGCGGUCUGGCCUUUCGAGGUCAUGAUCAUCGCCAAGCGCCACGCGCGCGCCCUGGUCGACUUGACCGCGGCCGAGCGCCUGCAGUUCGCCGAGGCGAUCCAGGAGGUCACCAGACGAUACGACAACCUGUUCGAGACAAACUUCCCCUACAGCUCGGGCAUCCACCAGGCGCCGCUCGAGGGAACUGCGGAGGAGAUCGAGAACAGCUACCUCCACAUGCACUUCUACCCGCCCCUGUUGAGGUCGGCGACGGUCAAGAAGUUCUUGGUCGGAUACGAGCUGAUGGCUGAGCCUCAGAGGGAUAUCACUCCUGAGCAGGCGGCGGCGAAGCUGAGGGAUUGCGGGGGCGAGCUGUACAGAAAGAACUUGUAG